ACUUUCCCAAUAUGCAAUUUUUCCAUGGAGGUGUAAUGGAAAGAACUGCGACACGAGCGAAUAAUUGGAAUUUCAGAAUUCCGUUGAAAACAAUAGGGAGUAUUUGUGUUCCUAACAAUUUUCAUGGGGGAGAAUGAAGAUUAUUAACGCCCAUAAUUGUAAUAACCACGUCAUAAACAUGAGCAAGAGAGUGAAAACAAAACCAAAAGUAAGAGCCAAUGUAGGAACUGGGAUGACGCGGAAAAAUGUCGACGAUAAGGAGAGUGCGGACCGUAUUGCUGCAGCGGAGGCUAUGUCGUGUCUUUCUUCUACACCCUUCAUUCUGCCGUCCUCUUCGGACGCCAUUGUCAAAGCUGUGACGGACCAGAGACUAGAGACCAUGGGUGACACUGCCUCAAAUCAAGACAUGAUCAUGACUGUCUCAAAAAGGGGAAAAUCUAAACAGCGCCGAGGGGGUAAGCGAUCUCCAGUAAAAACACAGCAGACGAACUCUGAUAUAACGGAGAAUAAUGUUACUGUAAGUCAGAACUCUAACCCAUCCGGUACAAUUUCCAAUGACUCAUGUAAACCUAGUACAUCCCAUCAGAAUGUUAUUAAUUUUGAAAGUGUCAAUACAGCAUCAAUAUCACAAGCAUCAUUGAUUGCACAGCAGUUAAGUAAUCUUGUAAAGAUACAGAAAGAAAAACAAGAGAAAGCUGAUGCAAUGCCAUCACAUUCCAACAUCAAGUUUUCCCUUCAACAAAUGUUAGAGUUGAAAAGGACCCAAAGUCAGGACCAUUCACAAAGUUCAACAAACUCUGUGCUAAAACUUCCCCUAACAGUGUCCACAACAGAGAGUAAUAUAGCAAGAGACAUGGCUAGCCCAAGCUCUGUUACAAGUAGUGAAAGCAUAGAGCUGCCCCAGACCACAGUUGACCACAUUCUGAACUCCAAUAAAUACGACACCCCAGAAGCCUCCCUACCCCUGAAGAAAAGGCGGUUACAAACCUACAAAGAUGGAGAGGUCCCAGCCACUGAAAGUGGUUUACCAUCGCAGAAAAUGGUCGACCUAACCACUGACAAACAGGACCAAAACAAGGAUCAUAACAGGAAACAGCAGGUGGACACCUCUAAGACUGGGUCCUCGGGUAUGUUUGUGAAUCCUCAGAUGAGUCUAAUGCUACUGAACGAGAUCCAAAUGGCCCUCCACCAAGACGAGGAUGGGGACUUGCCUUUACAUAUUGCUGUGGCACAGGAAAACAUCGUGAUGGUCCAGAAAUUUGUUCAUCUAAUGACAAUAUCCGGUAAAAAUGUGGACAAAUACAACAAAUCACUACAGACUCCUCUACACCUGGCCGUGGAGCUGCAGUUUGACCAGGCGGUGUCCGUCCUCCUGAUGGCUGGAGCCAACCCCUCACUGGUCAACAACGAGGGUGACAGUGCAGUUCAUCUAGCCGUGAAACACAACACUAUCAAUAACCUAGCACUCAUGCUCAUCAAAAGUCAGCACAAGGCAGAUAUCAAUGCCAGGAAUUUUGAAGGUUUAGCCCCACUUCAUUUGGCUGUUAUUAAAAACCAGAUAGAAAUGGUGAAGGUUCUGAUAAGGUGUGGUGCUGAUAUCAAUAUUCAGGAUGGCAAGAGUGGGAGGACGCCAUUGUUUCAUGCUGUUGAGGGUAAUCAGUUAGCUUUAGUCAUGCUGUUCAGGCAAUGCAAUGCCAACCUGGAGCUGACUAACUAUGCAGGCAUCACUGCUUUAAUGGCUGCCCAGGCCAAGGGUUUCUCUGAGGCCAGCUCUGUGUUAAUGGUGGGCCUGGACCCCAAGGCCAUCAUAGAACACAAGGAGAAAGAGAAGAUGAUGAUGCCCAAUAAAAAGAUGCCAAUACCAAGGAUUCCUAGUAAAGCUCAUUUGAUUGUACCUGUUAAUCAAAGAGGCAUUAAAAAGGAAAGCAACAGUGAAAAUGAAACCAGUUCACAAGGAAAUAGUCAAGAGAGUGAAGAUGUCAAGCAGAGGAUGGAGGAAAAAACUGAUACUCAGCAACUGUAUGAAAGAGCUGUCAUGGAAUUUAAAAUGAAAAGAGAAAUUCAGGACAGUGAAGUGGGGGCAUUAGAAAUUGACCGUAAAGAAAUUGUGGAACAGAAACCUCUUCAGUUAACAGUAAAUCUUCCAGUGAAAAAAGAAAAACAAAAGCGAAACAAGCAAAAGAAAUUAAAGAAAGAAAUUAAGCAGGACAGUGAUAUAGAGAUUUCUUCUGAGGUAGUUGUUCAAACUGUCCCUCACAAAGGGCCUGUGAACUCUGUGGUGGAGAAUUCAGAGUGUAAAACUACUUUAGAAUCCAUGAAUAACACUUCUAAAACUGUUCCAGUAAGUGGUACUAAUGCUGCUAAACCAGUGAGCACAGCAGAGAAUGUGACUAGCAUCAAUGCUAGGACAGCAUCCCUACUGGCAGCCCACCUCAAAAGCAUGAAGAAUGCACUGACUAGCAGCAAACAUGGUUCCUCGUUCCCACUAAAUCUAUCCUGUGAUGGAAAGGAGACUGUCAACUUUGAAACAACGAGUACGACGUUAUCCAAUGGAUCCUAGCAUGAUUUUGUCAUGUUACUUGACACUUUAGUUGUUAUGAAUAUGAAUUGUGAGGUUAUGUAUUGGUUACUUGCAACAUAUGUAACACAUUGUAGUUCUCUAUUCGAUGUGCUGUUUACCUGUAAAAAUGACUUAGAAUGUGUUGAAACCAGAAUUUGGGGAAAAUUUUAAAGCUUGAUGUGUCAUGGUUAGAAUUCCAAGUUGUUUCAGCUCUGACUUGAUUUCUACUUACUUAGCUCAGGUUUUAGAUUCAAUUUCCCAGUGCCUAUUCUUAAAAAGCACAUUUUACAUCAAAUAUAAAGCCAGAAAAUUCAAGAAGUUUUUGUAAAAUUCAAACAAAAACUAUGUAUCUUAAGUAUCAAAAAUAGCUUUAUUACUGGUAAGUAUAUUUAUGUAGUUUUAACAUAAGUAUACAACGACAGAGAUCCCAAUACCUUUUACCCAAUGCUUCAGUUGCUUAACUGUGCAUUUGCUGUCAUUUGAUAGGUAUAAUAUUUGUUAGCCUUUGCAAUUUGCAUAUUAUUUUCAAGUAAGAUCUACUGAGAUGCCUUGCAUUUAUUUAUGAAUCAAAUGAAUUCAAUUUUUGUCUUUGUUAUGAAAGUUAUAUAUCUCCCAGGAUACAUUUUUCUUUUAUGGAAAUUUUACUGACAUACCCAAAAACUACCCAAUUUAUAACCAAACAAUUCAUGAAUCAAUAAUCAUAUUGAAGUUGAAUAGAUUUGAUAUUUUAUAAUAUGUAAGAUUUUUGUGUAACUUCAGUAAUAGAUAAGAUGAACAAGUUGUUAACAUUUGCAUAUAUGGGUUGUAGAUCUAUAGGGCAUUACUGAAAAUGAAUUCUUGGUGCAUGCAUUUAGUUAGUUGCUUAAUUAAUAAAAUUGGGGAAUUGAUUAAGAUUUCAACUUUGUAACUGCCAGGAACUCUUUAUUUGGUAUAACCUUUUUGUUUACUUCUGAUUCUGUACAUAAGUAAUUUUAAAGGUCAUAAAAUUUAUUAAAAUAUGUUUUGUUAUUCUCAAUUCUUGCUUUCAUGUCUAGGUACUUCAGAUCAAAAUAUUUUUGCAUGCUUAAUUAAAAUAAGUAAAAAAAACAAGCUACCAAUGAAAUAAAUGUUUGUAAAAUUAAAUAAAUAUAACUAGAUAGACAUU